CGUGACGUGAGUUUUUAUGUAACCAAACGUUGGUCCACGGGGAAAGUCAGUGGACUACCCACUAAAGGAGAGAUGAAUAGUCGAGUUAACAGAAGAAACGCCAGUUACUCCUAACGUUGUAUUUUUCUAAAUUAACAUGUCGCUCCAGAAGCCAGCUGAGGAAGCGACUGGGCAGAGGAGCGCUUUCUUCAUAGGCACCAAACAGGACGACGUCCCUGAGCAGGAAAAGGAGGACCACCAGCAGCUCAUCCUGCUAAAAGCCAACGCUUUAGCCUCGGAGAACUCCCUUAAAGAGGCCAUUUACUGGUUCUCGGUGGCCUUGCGCUACGGGCCCAUCAGACCCGAACAGCUAAGCACUUUUGUGGACUGUAUAGUGCGGAACCAAAGAGAAAAUGCAUCCUGCGGCUCGGACUCGUCGUCGAAGCGGGACUCGGAGGAGCAGGGUAGCCACUGGGAUAAAGUGUUCGACUGCCCCAAUUGCCAUAGCUUUUUAGGGGAACCAGUAACGUUAGCGUGUGGACACUCAUUCUGCAAGAGGUGUUUGCAGCGAGGGCUGUUCUCCAGGUGCAAGUUGUGCCACGAAGCAGUGACACUCGAAGGAAAGCCCAACGUGAUUUUGUGCGGACUUUUAGCCAAAUGGUUACCCGUCGAGGUAAAACGCUCCAAAAGACUCAGCGAAGUGGACGAACUGUAUCGGCGCAAACGCUGCCUUGAAGCCAUUCGCCAAGCGAGCGACCUGAUCCAAGAAGAGCCCGAAACAACAGCAGAAGCGCGACUCUCAAGAGCAGAAGCAUAUAUGUCCUUAAAAGAGUUUGAUCUUGCUUUGGAGGACAUUGAAUUUUGUCUUGCAUCCAGCUGUUCUGCUGAGGCUUUGUUUAGGAAAGCCACGGUGCUACACGAGAUGGGCGAAGUGGACGAGUCUCUGCAAGUCUUUCUCAACUGCCUUGCCGUGGACGAAGACUUCCCCUGCGCAAAAAGACAAGUAGAAAAGAUUCUAUGUGACCUGCUCUCUUCGGCUAACGACAACGUGAAGGUGGGCCUAAGGGAAACAGCGCAGAAUACGUCGCACCACUUGCGCAAUAAAACCCUUGUGGCCGACGCACAAGUCAAGUCACAUGUUCCAAUCCAAAGACAAAGCCAGCACCAGGUCCGCGCUGUGUCGGCACACCACCCAAAAGACAAGCAGGGGAAACGCCGGGAGAGUCUUGAGCGUCCCAGUCUGAGUAGAGCUCAUUCGUUGCGUUCUCAUGGCUCCGCCUCUGGCGAGCAGGGUCUGAAGAGAGUCUGCUCCGCCCCUCAGCUUGGGGACCAGGAGAAGGCGAGUCUGCUGAAGCGGAAGUUGUCCGUUUCUGACGUUGGGCCGUGCAUUGUGGCCAAUGGAAGCAGCAAGUAUAAAAAACAAGGUGUGAGAAAUUGCCAAAAAACAGCAGUCGCAGCUAAAACUUACAGAAGUGUUCGAAAGGAUCUCAUUGACACCAAUGACCUUGAGUGCUCUCUCUGCAUGAGGUUAUUCUAUGAGCCUGUGACGACGCCGUGCGGCCACACCUUUUGUAAAAUCUGUCUGGAACGCUGUUUGGACUACACGCCACAUUGUCCACUGUGCAAAGAGAGCCUAAAAGAGUAUCUAGCCUGUAGAAAGUACAGUGUGACAAGUGUGCUGGAUGUGCUGAUCAAACAGUAUUUUGGUCAGGAGUAUGAGGAGAGGACCAAAACUCACCUGGAGGAGACCAGAGAGCUUUCUGACUUGACAAAGAACGUGCCUAUCUUUGUAUGUACCAUGGCAUACCCCACGGUGCCUUGCCCGCUGCAUGUAUUUGAGCCACGUUAUCGCCUCAUGAUCCGCCGCUGCAUGGACACUGGCACGCGGCAGUUUGGGAUGUGUAUUAACGACCCCCAGAAAGGGUUUGUCGACCAUGGAUGUAUGCUCAUCAUCCGCAGUGUUCACUUCCUGCCUGAUGGUCGUUCGGUGGUGGACACUAUUGGAGGCAAGCGCUUCAGAGUCCUGUCCCGAGGAAUGAAGGACGGUUAUAGUAUUGCUGACAUUGAGCAUUUGGAAGACACUCGGGUGGAGACCAGAAAAGAGCUCGAGAGCCUACAAGAGCUUCAUGAUGCUGUAUACAAUCAAGCCCGAGUCUGGUUCCAGAACCUCAAGAUCCGAUUCCACAACCAGAUCCUUCAGCAUUUUGGACCAAUGCCCGAGAGGGAAGCUGAUAUCCAGGCGACUCCUAACGGUCCUGCUUGCUGCUGGUGGCUGCUGGCCGUGCUGCCCAUUGACCCGCGCUACCAGCUCUCUGUCCUCUCCAUGACCAGCCUCAAAGAGCGCCUGGUGAAGAUCCAGCACAUUCUCACCUAUCUGCAGAGCAUCCCCAACAGUUAAGAGCUUCCUCUUCUCGUCCUCGCCACUCCGCCGAUUGGACGCUUUAAAGCGCGCUCACCCGAACUUGACACUUGCAGCUCCAAACCUACUAUGCUAAAAAGAUUCUUGAGCAUGCCGAGACGUGGCCAAACCGCCUCAGGGAUUCUUCCGGUGACGCACAUUGUUUGUCACGUCAAACACGAGUCACACGAGGUGAAGCGGCUUUCGCCUUUCCAGAAUUAUGCAGAGGAACUUCCUGAUGUACGGUGACAGCGUCAAGCCUUGUGCACACAAUGAAGUGGCCAUCACUGAGAUGGAUUGAGAAUGUUGGUUUGGGUCAAAUUUCACCUGUUGAAAGAGGUGGGGCGAGGGGCAAGGGGGGAGGAAGGUGAUCGAGAUGCCAUCGGGCAAAUCCAGAAUGUUGCAUUUAAAAAAAAAAAAAAAGAGGAAAAAAGGUCUACAUAAUACCCAAGUGCAACCAACUCACAUUGAUGGUCCACGCUGUCCCACUAAAGGACAAUAACCAGACUGCCCACAUUUGUGUUUUGUAUUCCUCCCCCGUGCCAAGUGCGCUAAACUUCCAUCAUGUCCCGGACUUCCUGACACCGUGUGUGUUGUUUCCAUGUGGUCAUGCUGAAAAACACUGAUGACAACAAAUUGUCAUCCUGAAUGUGUACUUGUCAAAAUCUUCCUCCCACAGUGAACUAAUAGCUCCAAAAAUCUUCCAAAAUUCGUCACCUAAAACGGGAGAUAUUUAUGUGUCGAACUACUUCUCAAUACAACACUCAGCUACUCCCAAUGAAUUAAGUGCAUGGAAUACAAGUUGUUUGUACAUUCUGACCUUAUUUUUGUGUAGACGUUUUCAGUAGGGGAUAUUGCAAUAUGAAAUCACCGAAUCAGUAUAUGCUGGAUGCAUCUACAAGGCAGACCUUUAAUAUUAUUCCGAAUAUUCAGCACCCAUUCAUCUUGCUCUGCUUGGCGGGGAGAACCUGUUGCCUUACAGCAUUUGACUUUGUGAUUUCAAGUUACACUAAACUUGGUUUACCAGUCUUUCCCAUCUUGAUAUGAAGUAUGUUAUGAUUGUAUUUUUCCAGCAGUCUCAAGUUGGAAAGAUAUUGGAAAGAUACAAAUUCAUGGCUGGUUUACUUAAAUGAUUUGUGAAAAGGUUUUUUUUUUUUGUUUAAGGUAUUGCUAUUUGCUCUGUUUUAAGUUAAUGAUUUUCAGUAAUAAAAAAAAA